UUCUCAAACCUUCACUCUGCACCUUCUUCCUCUCCGCCGGCGCCGUCACCACCGCCGCCGCCAUAUUUUCCGUCAUCACUUCCAUCUACCAAAACUGGAUAUGCUUCUAUCGGUGUUUCUCGCUCUAUUCCUACCAUGCGUAGGAAUGAGCGCAGUUUUCAUCGUCUACGUUUGCCUUCUCUGGUACGCCGCAACGAACACAACUCCAGUCGGAAGCGAAAUACCUAUGCCGGAGAAGACAAACAAGAGGAAAGGAUUAUCAGAUGAACAAUUAGAGAAGAUUCCGAAAAUCACCGGUAAGGAAUUGGUACUUGGAAGUGAUUGCGCUGUUUGUUUAGAUGAGAUUGAAGAUGGACAGAUUGCUAGGUUAAUUCCUGGUUGUAACCAUGGAUUUCACAUACAUUGUGCUGAUGCUUGGCUAGCGGUUAACUCUGUUUGCCCUAUAUGUAGAGGUCAACUUGAUACAUUACUCAUUGAUCCACCUGAUAACAAUCCUUGUUAAGAGUUUUCGUUUGUGAAUCGGAGAUUAUAAUUAUUAUU